AUACUUGGGCUUGGUUAACAUAAACACAAUGACGAAUUAAUUAUAAGAAUCCAUAGACUCGGGUCGGAUUUCAAAGUACAAGGAUACCAGCAAUGUCGCACGGAGCUUAAUACUUAAUAAAUCAACCGCAUAACACUGAAUUCUUUUCGGAAUAUUUAAGUUUGAGUAAGCUUAAUUAAUAUAUCAUUUAACAAGAUGAAACUGCCAGAAUGUGUGUGGACCUGGUCAAUUAUCAUAGUUUGCGGACUAUAUGGAGCAAAGGCUCAGUUAAAUUUGGAUAACAUCGACUUGCAAAAUCAACUCCCAGAGGAUUUUGCAAAGACCAACUUUAGUUUGAAUGAAAUGAAGGAUCUAUUUCGCAACAAAUGCAUUGAAGUAUCCGGCGAAGAGGUUGGCGGUCAGGCAUUUUCCGAUAUUGAGUCCGGUGUCAUUGGGCUUACCGAAUGCAUGAACCGCAUUGUCAAUUAUACGGCAAUGCAAAAGGAGAUUGACGAUGCAAGUCCUCGAGGUGAACUGGAUGUGGUAUUUAAUAAAUACUGCAAGAAACGAACGGAUGCUAUAGACUGUUUUGAUGAAUUUAACGUCAAACUGUUGCCCUGCCUAGACAAGGAUGAGCAGAAAAGUCAGGAUGUUAUUAGACAUAUUAUUCAAAGCUUGUUAAACUUUGUGUGCUAUAAAGAUGGAGAUCAAAUAGCAUUAUUUAUCGCUGAGGAGGGUCCCGAGUGCCUUAGAUCACAAAAGGAUAACAUCCAGGAAUGCUUCAACAGCACUUUUUCGACAUUUUUAAACAAUUCGGAUAUUCAUGAGGAUAAUAAAAUUAAAACAUUGCCCAAAUUUGUUGUUGGCCAGACACAAUGUGGUGAUAUCCGAAUUUUGGAAUCAUGCAUUGUUAGACAUUUGGAACACUGUAAAAAAAUAACGCCAGCCAAUCUUAUAGAGUCUAUGUUUAAUUUUAUAAGAAACGAAACUGUGUGUCGUAAUUAUCACCCAUUACCAUUAACUGGUAGUGCCAGUAUGCUAUCCAAUAAUCCCAUAUUUUCUAUCCUAAUCACAAGUAAAUUGAUAUUUAUACUCGUUAAAAUGUAUUAUUCAAAGUGAUUUUGAAACUAAUUUAUCUUUAAAACGGUUCAAUAUCGAAUUCAAAACAAUGAACUGCCCGUGUUCGUUAUUGUAUUCUUCCUGAAUUCGAUUUCUCAGCAGUAACACUUUGCAACAUCUCAUCCAUGAAAUUCAAAUUUACGCUUUUAUUUAGUUUAUUAUUGUAAUCUCUCUUAUUAUAUGAAUGUAAUCAUAUCUACAUAUAUUAUAUCAAACAAUUCAAUCUCAUAUACACACGAUUUCAAAGAUGGUACUGGUUACAAGCUUAUAUGUAAAUAUUUUUAUUUUAGAAAUUGUAAAAGUGGAAAUAUAAAAAGAACUGUAAACAAAA